GAUUUCUAUCUCUGCGGGCUUCAGAGCUUCAAGCUCUCAGUCUCCUUGCCCUAAGAGAGAGAAAUAAAAUCGAGGGUUUCUUUAAACCCUAGAAUAUAUCUCAUGGUGGAGUUGAAUUCUCAUCCCCCUUCAACGUCGAUCUCCAAUAGUACUCGAGGAAAGGUUAAUAUUUCUGGUUGAAGUUGGAUGUCAGUAUUGGCAAUAUCACAAUUCUAAUCCCUGGUUCACUCCUCAAUGAGAUCAUUAUGAUAUACUACUUAACUAAUUUUCAUUUGGUGAUGUGCGUGUAAUCACCCAACCUGUGUGACUAAAAUGUGGAAUUUUGCAUCAACUUGCAUAGCUGGGACUGUUGGAUCGAAGAAGGACCCUUCGAAGCCUGCUUCUGAAUGUUCUGAUGAUGAGGGAUCUUCAGUGGCUGGCAGAGAGGAAGGACUAGAAUGCCCAAUAUGCUGGGAAUCCUUCAACAUUGUUGAGAAUGUUCCAUAUGUUUUAUGGUGUGGCCAUACCCUUUGUAAAAAUUGCAUCCUGGGAUUGCAAUGGGCAGUUGUGAAAUUCCCCACUCUACCAAUUCAGCUCCCGCUCUUCAUUUCCUGCCCUUGGUGUAAUCUCUUAUCCUUCCGUCUGGUUUACCGUGGAAAUCUCAAAUUCCCUCGAAAGAACUACUUUCUCCUUUGGAUGGUUGAGAGCAUGAAUGGUGAUAGAGUUAAGACUCCUUCAACCUAUACUGAAGAGCAACAUCCUCCCUGGCCUAUAAAUGGUAAUACAUCUACGACUAGUCAAGUUAGCCACUGUAAUCUUAGGAGGGGACAUCAUAUCCGGCAUCCUGAGGCAUCGAGGUUAAAUGACCAUGACCAUGUCCAUCUCAAUAAUUACCUCACUAUGGAGAGGUUACAUUCUUCUCUUAGGAAGUCAUUGUUUUUCUUUGUUCAUUUGACAGCCAAGUUUCCGUUGGUUGUGAUAUUUCUUCUCAUCGUCUUAUAUGCCAUACCAGCCAGUGCUGCCAUAUUGGCUCUGUACAUACUCGUCACAAUUCUGUUUGCUCUUCCGUCAUUUCUCAUACUGUACUUUGCAUAUCCUAGUUUGGAUUGGCUUGUGAGAGAAAUUGUUACUUGAGAUGUCAUUUGCUUCCAAGCUUUCAAGCACUGUGAAUAGAAGUUUCAACUACUGUCGUACAUGAUAUCGCCUCUUUAUCCCAGCAGUAUGUAAUUUGACGACUUUACCAGUAUUCAAAGUUUUCAUUGUUCUUAGUGCAAACCCACUUGGCGGCCUUUGAUAUUGUUACAAUCAUCUGAGAUCAUGUGGAAGCUUGAUGCAGUUGAAAUCUAUGAAGUAGCCAACAAAUAAUUGCUUCAUGAUAUAAUGAGAAUUCAGAUUUCAGGUAAACUCUGUAGUAUGAAUCAGUACAAGGGGUGUCCGUUAAACUCUUGUUUUUGGUUUGUAUGAAGAGGUGGAGACACUUUUCAUAUAUUACAAUAAGUUCAAUGCUUGUUAUGUAACGAAAUUCAGUUGAUUUUGUUUGAAAACAAUAUAAUGUAGUAUAUAGUUUCGACAAUAAUGGAUUGUAAUGAAUUAGACGCAGCUUUUUUCCAGCGUCAUUAGCAGAUUUUUGUUUUUGCCAAGACAGACGUAUGGUUGGUUUGUAAGUUGUAAUUAGCCAUAAAAAGCAAUUGUGUUGAUGA